AUGCAUCCCAAAAUUCCAACUAAUGCUGAUGGUCAAUUUUUAUCUUCUAAAGAAAUAAGAAUAAAGGCAGAUAGAAGUAAAACUCAAGAUGUAACUGAAGCUAUUCCAAACUUAAUACUAUAUGAUUCAUCUUCAUUAGAAAAUUCUGCUGAAAAAAGUGCUAAAGAUAUAAACUAG